CACAAACAUUUGUCUUGCCAGUCUACUUACUUCACAGCAGUCAAACUGUACCAUGGCGAGUCCCAGCGCGGAAGUGCGGCGCCUUGAGCGUGUGUCGUCGUCCUCUCUGCUGGCAAGCCCUCCCUCAAGUCGCGGAAACUCGCGCAAACGCUCCCACAAUGCGUCCGAAUCAGAUCCCCACAAGCUGUUGAGCAGUCACAAGAACGGCGCCUCCAGCGCCAAGAAAAGCAGGACUGACCCCUCUAGCAGCUCUAGCUGCAGCGCUAGCAACAACAAGAGCGUCAGUAGUAGUGUGAUCACUCCCUACUGACCUACUACAAUAGCUAAACGUGCUUAUUUCCUGUGUUUGUGUCUCCAGACGUCGGACCGCUUCAUCCCGACGCGCAGCGCCAUGAAUCUGGACCUGGUACAGUGCAACUCGCCCGAUACAGCGGCGGCCAUCGAGGCGGCCACUAAUAGGAACAAGAACAGUCCUAGUCGAUCAGGAGGAGGAUCACCAUCCAGCAACGCCGCUGAAGAUGAAGAGAAGCAGAUUUACAAAAAGAGACUGGCCAGCGCGUUGCUGGGCAAAGAAGACGACUCAAACCACAAAAUCCUGAAAUUCACAAAGGCCAAACCGGCAGUAGCGCCUCCCGACUCGUUCAAGUCUACGCUGCAGGCCAGAUUCUCUCACAACAAGGUGAGUGUGGUGCCCGCGGCUGCAGCAAAGAAACUAAAUCGCCACGUCCCCUCGGCGCCGAUCAAAGUACUGGAUGCGCCUGAGUUGAUGAACGAUUACUACCUCAAUUUAUUGUCGUGGGGGUCCAACAACAUCCUGGCGGUGGCACUGGGUCAGUGCGUGUACCUCUGGAAUGCAGUUUCUGGCGAGAUUAGUGAACUCAUGGGCCUGGAUGGAGAUGAGUAUGUGAGUUCGGUUCAGUGGAGUGACGCGGCUGGUGGUUCAUCACAUUUGGCUAUUGGAACGAGUGAGUCUGUGGUUCAAUUGUGGGACGUCGCUGCCUCACGUCAACUGCGAACGAUGAACGGGCAUUCGUCGCGUGUAGGCGCGUUGGCUUGGAACAGCUACGUCUUAUCAUCGGGAUCUCGUGACAGUACCAUCAUCCACCACGAUGUCCGUGCACGACAGCAUCAGUUGUCGACGUUGACGAGUCAUGAGCAGGAAGUGUGCGGACUGCAGUGGUCUCCUGACGGCACGAUGCUGGCGUCUGGCGGCAAUGACAACGCUUUGUGUCUGUGGAAGGCAGGAAGCAUUGGAACGAGUCGCAGUAUGCAAGCGCCCGCGCACCGACUGGAGCAACACACUGCAGCUGUGAAGGCGAUCGCGUGGUGCCCGUGGGAGCGCAAUUUGCUUGCCACUGGCGGAGGUACUGCUGAUCGCACGAUCAAAUUUUGGAAUACAACGAACGGAGCCAUGUUGAAUUCUGUCGACACAGGCUCGCAGGUGUGCUCACUACUCUGGUCUAACACAGAGAAGGAGCUGCUGUCGUCGCACGGAUACUCGCAGAAUGAGUUGUGUUUGUGGAAAUACCCGAGCAUGACCAAGGUGAAGGAGCUCACAGGCCACACUUCUCGUGUGCUGCACUUGGCAGCGUCGCCUGAUGGUGAGACGGUUGUUUCCGGUGCAGCCGAUGAAACACUGCGAUUUUGGAAAGUAUUCGGUCCCAACCGUAAAGCACGGAAGGCUGGCUCAACCACGGCUGAGCUGACCAGUUCGUCGCUGUCGAGCGUCAUGAGCAUCCGAUAAGGCACCGCCUAUUACUCUUCAAUGACGCUGUCACGAUAGUUUGUGCUUUGUGCUAAAACUCCGGAUUGGAUUCAACGCCAGCAGUAUGCUUAAUUCGCUGGUGUAAAGUGGAUGGAUUCCCUUGACAGCAUGAAGUAACAGGCUCGUAUAUUAGAAGAUGAGAUUCGAUGAGCGUGACGAAAGUGUCGGAGAAAACGGAUGCUGGCGAUAUUCUAAUGAAGUUUGUGCUUGUCUAAUCAUGCU